ACAGAAGCUGAAACACACACACAGAAGGAGAGAGAGAGACUGCAGAGCUCACCGACAGCUCGCUGCUGAUAUUCACGAGCGUGAUGUUUACACAGAUGAGCAUAAGAACAGAAACUGUCGAAUAGAGAGAACGCAUGAGCGAAUCACUGCAGCAGCAGCAGCGUCUUCAUCAUCAUCAUCUCUACGCUGGUGUCUGAAGAGCAGUGAGCAUGGCAGCCCGGCUCACUGCGGUGGGCUUUACUGAAGCCGGAUCUACUAGAACAUAACACACAAGCUUCAGUAUCCACGCUGUUCGCCACAGCCGUCAUUGUCCACUAUGUGCAGGGGUCAAGCACGUGCACGUGGAAUUACACUCCAUCAUCAGCGACGCAGCAGCGGACCUCUCCGUCCCCACAGCAACCGCAGCAUCAGCAGCAGUCACCCAGCUACGGCUGUUAACAUCAUUAGCUCCAGCAAUAACAGUGACAUUAGGUAGCAGUUUACAGAGAUUAAACUCUACUUCUAUUACAAGAUAUUUUAAAUUUAGGCUUCAGUAGCUCAGCCACGGUGACUCUGUUUGCUUUAUGAUAACCAACACAGACUUUUCAUUGAAGUUGUAGCUCUUUAAUGAUAAUGAUGUUCUUCACACGAGCAGCUCUCAGGUGCGUGCCGCUGUAGACCGGCUGUAACUUUCACGUGUACUCCGGUAGAUGCCGUUGUUUGGUGUUUGAUUGUUGAUUAAGUUUAUUGAAGCAGUUGGUAUGGUGAAAAGAGCAAACGCUCUAACCUGAUUGGCUGAUGAAGGCCUCCUGGAUUCGGCUGCUGAAACGAGCAACAGGGAGUCGAGUCAAGAACAACAUCGCUGGUUCAGCAGACUCGUACACCAGCCGACCGUCAGAUUCUGAUGCUUCUCUGGAGGAAGAUAAAGAGACUUUACGCAGAGAAGCUGAGAGACGUGCGCUGAGCCAGCUAGAGAAUGCUAAGACUAAACCGGUGGCAUUCGCAGUACGCACUAAUGUCAGCUACAGCGCUUCUCAUGAAGACGACGUCCCUGUGCCCGGAACGGGCGUUUCAUUUGAGGCUAAAGAUUUUCUUCAUGUUAAAGAAAAGUUUAAUAAUGACUGGUGGAUCGGGCGUUUGGUGAAAGAAGGCUGUGACAUCGGCUUCAUUCCGAGUCCAUUGAAACUGGAAAACACUCGCAUCCAUCAGGAUCAUCGUUCCAAACCAGGAAAAUUCUAUUCCAGUAAAUCUGGAGCAAACUCAAUAUCUAGUUUGGGAGACAUUGUUUCAAACUCACGUAAAUCAACUCCACCUUCAUCAGCUGUGGAUUUAGAGGCUGCUGGAUUAGAUGCAGAGGAGAACGACCCUCCUCUUCCUCAGCGUUCUCCUAAAGCCAGUCCAAACGCAGUCAUAACCCCUUUAGCUCGUGAGAAACGAAUGCCUUUCUUUAAGAAGACAGAACACGUUCCUCCGUAUGAUGUGGUGCCAUCAAUGAGACCGGUGGUGUUAGUGGGACCUUCACUUAAAGGCUAUGAGGUUACAGAUAUGAUGCAGAAAGCACUGUUUGACUUUCUAAAGCACCGCUUUGAGGGGAGGAUAUCAAUCACAAGAGUGACGGCUGAUAUUUCUCUUGCCAAACGCUCUGUGCUGAACAAUCCAAGCAAACACGCCAUCAUCGAGCGCUCCAACACUCGAUCUAACUUAGCGGAGGUACAGAGUGAGGUGGAGAGGAUCUUUGAACUUGCUCGGACAUUACAGCUGGUUGUUCUUGAUGCAGACACAAUAAACCAUCCGGCCCAGCUGGGGAAGACAUCUCUGGCUCCUAUUAUUGUCUAUGUUAAGAUCACAUCUCCUAAGGUUCUGCAGAGGUUAAUUAAAUCUAGAGGAAAAUCUCAGGCCAAACAUCUCAAUGUACAGAUGGUCGCAGCUGACAAACUGGCCCAGUGUCCAUCAGAGCUGUUUGACAUUAUUUUAGAUGAGAAUCAGUUGGAGGACGCCUGCGAGCACAUGGCAGAUUAUCUGGAGGCGUACUGGAAAUCAACUCAUCCUCCCAGCGUCCCACAGAGUCAUCUACUGUUAGAGCAACAUAACACAGAGACUGAAACCACUGAUGGACCACAACCUUCAUCCAACCUGAAACUAAAGGAUGCAGGGGGAGAUCAGAGACCACUGAACGACAGGAGGGGUUUACAUGAAGACCACCACCACCAUCAUCAUCAUCAUCACCAGACUCAGAAAUCAAGAAGUUUAGAAAGUCCCGAUGACAACAUAGAGGAACCUCAAAACAACACAGAGCAGCAACCGUCACAGAGUGAAUGGAGGACACAACACAUCCAUCAUUGCUCUUCAUCCACACGGACUGAACGUCACAAUCAUCACCGCCAUCAUCACCGCCGGACCACGUGGACGCUUUCUCGACAAGAGACGGUGGAGAGCAAUGAACCUCAUCAAACAGAGGAGGAGGAGCUUCAAACCAAUCGCCAUCAUCAUCACCAUCAUCAUCAUCGCGGAGACAAAGAGAAAGAGUUCGACCACAACGAGAAGAACAGCAGACAUAGAGGACAACAGAAAUCACAACGAGAACUUGAGCGUAUGAGGGACAGGAGACGAGAUGAGACGGAGUGGACAAACGAACAUUACAUAGAACAGUGACACAAACUCACAAAAAUACAACUGUGACACGUAACAGGGUUGAGCAAAAUGAACACUUUAAAUUCAUUAUGUAUAUUAGAUUUGAGUAGGCUAAAUUAGUAUUUGGGAUUUGGCCUCGCCCCACAAAACAAAUUAAAUGUGACCCUGGACCACAAAACCAGUCAUAAGGGGUUUUUUUUAUUAUUGAGAUUCUGAAAGGUGAAUAAACAAGCUUUCCAUUGAUGUAUGGUUUGUUAGAAUAGGACAAUAUUUGAAAAUCGAAAUAUUGAGAAAAUCGCCUUAGAAGAUGUCCAAAUAAAGUCUUAAGUAACACAUAUUACUAAUGAUACAUUUUUGAUAUAUUCAUGGUAAAGAAUUUACAAUGGAACUUUACUUAAAAUGAUUUUUGCUAUAAAGAUCGAUAAUUUUGACCCAUAUAAUGUAUUUUCGGCUAUUGUUACAAAUGUUUCAAUGCGACUUAUGACUGGUUUUAUGGUCCAGGGUCAGAAAUGACUUUUAAUUGACCUUUUAUUGAUUUAUUUUUUAAAUAUAUUAAUACAUUAAACACAACAAUAAAAAUAGAUUUUAGUUUUGCCAUGCAGCACUACAAAAUAAAAGUCCACAUAGAAACUUUAAAUGUAUUGAUAUUGUAACUAUUCAUUAAACACUGAUUAUUAAUAGGAUAAUAUACUGUAUAUGUUAAGAUGAGAUGUAUAGCAGCAGUAAUUUAUUUUCAUAACAUUAAAUGUAUUAUUAAAAUUGUCACAAACAGCAAUAUUUUUUUCUUGAAAUUUCACUUCACUCCCUGAAUUCAAAUUGAAUUUAGUCUCUUUAAUCAUUCAUUGAAAUUUAGUCAUGUUAUAAAGGCAUUAUUCUUAUGUCAAUUUUGUUUCUCAUACACAUGACUACUGACCUCUGUAAUGGAUCAUUGACACAUUCUUCACAUUAUUCGUAGGUGUUUUAAAGGACUGCAUAAUGUACAGUCUAUGACACACAAGUCGAUCCAUACAUACUGUAUUAGCUCGGCUUCAAACUCUUCAAACUCCUAUCUUCGGGCCUAUAGCUACGGUAUAUAGACCCUUUUUUUUUUGUGAUG